AUGAGUUCUGAACAAGUAGUGACAGCUUCUUCAAUAUGGCCCAUUUAUUUAAAGCUUAAAGAAUCUAUACUUAAAAACAACAGUAACCCAAGAUAUACAUGUGAUCUUACGCAAGGUGAAGAUCAUGGUAAUUAUGGUAAUACCGAAGAUCUUUUUCAAACUUCAUCUCAAUGUACACUGUCAACUGGUGAAAUAACCUCUUACCUCAAUACUAAUGAAGUUGAUGCUAACAACAGUGAUGAAGACAACUAUGCAGGUGUCAGUAGUGAUACCUCCUCUGACACAAUUAAUCAAGCAAGACAAAUGUUACAAAAAAUAAGUUUUCUAGAUCCAAGGUACAGAAGUCAUUACAUUGAAUCACCUCAAAAAGAUUUAAUUAUAAGUUUAAUUAAACAAGAAAUGGACGACAUUGGACACCAAGCAGAAGUUGAUGAGCACUACAAAAACACAAACACUAGCGGAUUGGCUGCAUUUUUGGGAAACCUUUCAAGUAUACAUGUUGAAACAAAUACAGUACAAGAUUUGAAUCAAAAAGAACUUGAAAAAUAUUUAUCAUUGCCAAGUUCCGAAUUUCCCACGGUGGUAAAGUUGGCUACAAAGUACUUGUGUAUACAAGGCACAAGUGUGCCAAGCGAACGAAUUUUUAGUUGUGCUGGCAAUGUCAUUACUGAUCACCGAUCCUCACUGUCUCUAGACCAUGCUGAAGAGCUAAUUUUUUUAUCCAUGAAUGCUAAGUUUGUUUCCAAGUGA